AUGUUGCAUCAAAACCAAACUCCGCCACAUCAACAUGUGGAAGAUAUUAAGAAAUCUCCGGCAGCUAAACAAACCGUAAUCAUAACUCCGCAGCGUCCUUCUUCUCCGCGCCAAUUCUUUGAGCGUCUUUACGGUCAUCUCGAAACGCGUAAAACGACGAGCGAUAACGACGGUGACAUCGAUGUCUGCACUCAUGGCGUCUCGACUCCUUAUCAAAGUGACGGAGGCAGCGUAUCCUCGCCGGAUAUUUCCAUAAGUGAUGAACGCGUCUCCCUCAUGAGUUGUCCGGCAUACGAAUUGCAUGCACCUCCGGCGGAGUAUACCACCUAUAGGGCUCUUUCAAAUUCCGCAACUUCUCCGACGGCUUUGCCAUUUCCGGCUUUUUCUACGGAUCCCCACAUUACUGCCGGAUUUUCGGCAUUCUUGGCUCGUCGACGGCGCAAGGAGGGACGACAGAGGCGACAACGCACCACAUUUAGCACGGAGCAAACUCUGCGACUGGAGGUCGAGUUCCAUCGCAAUGAAUACAUCUCGAGGAGUCGCCGCUUUGAGCUGGCGGAGACAUUGCGCUUGACGGAGACACAAAUCAAAAUUUGGUUUCAGAAUCGUCGUGCAAAGGACAAGCGCAUUGAAAAGGCACAAAUUGAUCAGCACUACAGGAACUUUGUCGUGGCCAAUGGUUUUAUGAGCACUAUUAUGGGACAAACGAGUUACGCGACGUCACCUGCAGCCCCGGUCAGCAACCCUGGAUUACUAGGUACUACCGGGACUAUAGGCGUCGGAUUGGGCGUGGGCUACUAUGGAACGUCAGCGGGUUUGCCGGCUUUGUUGCCAACGCCAGCCUUGGUUAAGGACAUCAAUUAUGCUGACAUGGAGGAGCAACAACAGCAGCAGCAUCUCAACCAUCACCUCAACCACCCACAGGAGGUGCAUCCCGAACAGCGGAAACGGGAACGGGAACAGGAGCAACAUUGCCGCCCCUUUCUGCCACCGCCGACGCUUAUUAAUACAUGCUAGCGUUUCAGCAUUUAACAACUUUCA